GCUAGGAGCUGAGCUCCCUGUAGCAGCAGCGGUGGCGGCAGCGUUGUUCCAGCUUCUACUGCUUCACUCCGCGCUUUCUGCAGCCGCCACUGCAUCCGCGCGGCGGGGGCUUCUCACUGCAGCCACCCGGAGACUUCAGGCUGGUGCUUCACCUUACAAGAAGAAGGGUGCACGAAGCAGCAUUCCCGGCAAGAAGAGGAUUCCCACGGCAUCGGUUACACGCGCGCACACACACGCACACAUACACGCCAGCGCAGAGGGAAUAGUUUUGGGUGGUGGGUGUUUUCUUCUUCUUCGUUGUUCGGAAGCAAUCUAACCAGGAGAAGAACACUGAGCCCUUUUCCUUCCCCCUCGCCAGCCCAGCCUCAAUGAGUGCCAAAGUGCCCAAGGAGCUGAGGCUGGCCCUGCCGCCUUGCCUUCUCAACCGGACCUUUGCUUCCCCCAACGCCAGCGGCAAUCCCAGCCCCAGGGGUCCGAGUGGUAGCGCUGGAGGCAGCGGUGGUGGCAGCAGCAGUGGUGGCGGUACCUGCAUCACUCAAGUAGGACAGCAGCUCUUUCAGUCGUUCUCUUCCACGCUGGUGCUGAUCGUUCUGGUCACCCUCAUCUUCUGCUUGAUCGUCCUCUCCCUUUCUACCUUUCACAUCCACAAAAGGAGGAUGAAGAAGCGGAAGAUGCAGAGGGCUCAGGAGGAGUAUGAGCGGGAUCAUUGCAGCAACAGCAGGGGCUGCGGCGGGGGCGGCGGCGGCGGCGGCGAUGGCUGUGGCAGCGCGGGACUGAGGGCCUGUGGCCAGGCUCCUCACAACGGGAAAGAAACCCGACUGGAGAGACCCCCCCGGGACUCAGCCUUCUGCACCUCUUCACCUUCCACCACCUCCUCCUCUUCCUCCUCUUCCUCUUCUUCCACCUAUUCUUCCUCCACUUCCCCUGGCAUCCAGCGUCCUGGGCCCCAUGCUCCUCCUCCUCCCCCUCCUGCCCCCAGUCCCCAGGGUUCCCAUCUCACCUCCUCGUGUUUGGACUCAGCUGGUGAGGGGCUUUUGCAAACGGUAGUACUGUCUUGAUGGCCUAGAGCUCCUCCUCUUUUCCUUCUCCUCUUCCCUCCUUUCCUUCCUCUUUCCUCCUCUGACUCCAGCCCCCUUCCUCCUCUCUCGCCCCCUUCUCCUCAGUCUUCCUGCCCCCUCAUCCCUUUCCUCCUCCACCGAGGCACUGUGUGGUGUUUGUAAAUAUUGAGCAAUGAAAGUCUCGGAAGAAGAAAUAACGCUGAUGAUGAUAAUACUUUAUUAAUAUUAAUAAUUAUCAUGAUAAUACUAAUAACACAACCCAAGCGCAUGACAAAUCACAUCGCGUUUCUCAUUGUCAAGGAAGGAUGCAUUUUUCUCCCCUUCUGCUCACCCUCCCCCCCCAAAAAAGGAGGAGAAAUCGCACAAAGCUACCAAAUAUAUAAAGUCAUUGCCCAGUGAGGGAAGGGAGAUUGGAGGUGAAGGAAGAUCAAGAGCCCCGGUGGUAAUGUACAUAGCUUUAAGGUUAAGGUUACCUUCCACUCUCUUCUCCUUCUCCCUCUCCUCCCUACCUCUACCCGCUCUAAGCUGUCACUCUUCCUGUACUCCUUUCCCCAUCCCUUACAUCUCUACUCCAACCGGGCUCAGUCAAUCGCAUACUAUCAUAAAGCAACCAUUUAGACCAAGCACCAGGACUACAAGAGGCAAGAUCCCCUCCCACCCCCCAGGGAGAGAGACUGGAGCAAUGUAAACGGGGGCAUUUAUUGAAUACGGUUGGACCAAUGCAAAGAGAGACAAAUGCUAAUGGGCAGACGUGUUGGAGACCCAGAAAAGGAAGCACUCUUUCUGUAACAUCUACGUUUUCCCCACACCACACCACCCCAUUCUAGUUCCCACCCUCUGUUAAUAGUGUUCCCUUUCAAGGACUGAAUAUUUAUUUAAUUUUAUAAAUGUCCUCCGAUGGCAGAGCCUAAGUACAACAAAAAACAAAAUAACAUCACACACGAACUCUCUCUCUCUCUCUCUCUCUCUCUCUGUCUCUCUCUCUCUCU